UCGGUAUAUUUUUGGGAUCAGAAUGAGCCCAGCGAAAGCUGGUAUGGUGAAAGAGCGACGGACAUCGUUGGCGGCGGUGACGAGUGUGGCGCAGUCGUUGCAAGGGAUCACGAUCGAAGCAAACUACUCGGCCUUCUCGGAGAGCGUCCGGCGUCGCGCGCCCAAGGGCGUCCAGUGCGCCGUCUUCUGCGGUGGGCGCCGCUGCAAGUACGAGAACCCGGAGGUCUGGGACUCCACCCACAAAGCCAUCAGAGGAAUCUACUCCCACUGGGUGACGGACGAAAUUCUCGCAAUGGCUCGACCGUGCACUGAAAUCAUCGUGAAGAGGAACCUCAUCAAACAAUUUCAAAGCAGCAUAGGGAUUCGAUCGAUCGUAAAUUUACAAAAAGUGGGCGAACAUGGAAGUUGCGGGUGUCCCCUGGAGAAGGCUGGCUUCACGUACGACCCAUCAAUCUUCAUGAAAAAUAAAAUUUAUUUCUAUAACUAUGAAUGGGAAGACUACGGCGUUAUGGAAUCAUCAAGCUUACUUGAUAUGGUCAAAGUUUUAAGUUUCGCUCUGACAGAAGGAAAAGUUGCAAUCCACUGCCAUGCUGGUCUUGGUCGGACAGGUGUUCUCAUCGCGUGUUACCUAGUUUAUGCGGUCAGGUUAAAAGCGAACGACGCCAUCCGGUUCGUCCGUCUGAAACGACCGCAAUCAAUCCAAACUAGAGGUCAAAUUCAAAGUGUCCAGGAGUUCGAACAGUACAUCCUCCCAAAUAGCAUCAUCUUCUCAAAAAAUGGUCCGACCAGAAGCAGCUCUACACCUGAUUUCUCACUGCCACAAUACGUGUUACUUCAAAAAAUGAUGCUUCACGGUCAAGAAUCUCGGUGCCUGCACCAUAUCCCAAAGAUUGUGCUGAUGAUUUGUGAGCGGUUAUUAAUGCUUUGUUCGUGCAAGCCAGUCAGUUUGAUCUUGAUUCGGAAUAGCGGAUUUGUAGCGAUACCAGUUUUGCGGACUUUCCUGGCCUCUGAAAGCGUUCAGCCCAAGCUGAAAGUCUCAUUUCCGGAAUCCCAGUCUGCUGGAACGCUCCACGAGACGUCUAAGAAUGCGAUGGAAGUCGUUGAGGAGGUGCCUGAAGAAGAAGAGGUAGAUGAAAAAGAGACCUCGACUGAAAAGAAAGGUGAAGAAAAAAAAAUCUCAACAUUUCUUCGGAACUCCGAAGAGGAGUACAAGUACGCCGGUGAACCGAAUCAGGAGUGCAUCGACAAAACCGUGGAGGCGUUUCUGAGGGACCUAAGUUCAGUGCGAGAGGAAAUCCGGAAGAAAGUCCUCCAAUUCCGGAUGCAGUUGAACCACGAGGACGGUAGCUGGCGGAAGAUUCAACGGGAAACGGAUUUCCAAGUGCUAGCGAGCCUUCUUCUCGAAUGGUUGGAGCAUCUCCGGUCCCCUGUCCUCACGCAGGACCACAUCGUCAACAUUAUCAUACAAAAAGAUUCCGCAGCUGCAUUUAAAUCUUUCCCGCUGAGCUGCCAAUACACUUUAGAGUAUCUUCUCCGCUUCGUCAACCACUUAACCAUCGCGAAACAUGACCUUUCAGAGGAUCUGGUCAAGAGGAUAAUUGCUGCGGCAACCCACCAGGCAGUCAACGUCCGUGGCCAAUACCUACCCUCAGGAAAGUCAUUCAACAAUCUAAGAAAAGGAACUUUCUCAAGAUUGCUCGAGUUCAUUAAUGAGAUGAUGGUCGUCACUGCCAACAGAGAAGCAUCAACGCCGGAGAAAUGAUAAGUUCCCGGGAUAGGUGCGGAAAUGUUUUCCAUUCAAGCGCCAUCUGGGGGAGUUUCAGCAAAUGUAAAUCGUUUGAAAUUGUAAAUUCACUGUAAAUUCUAUCCUUUGUUCCUUACUCGUUGUAUCGUAAAACUAUGUGAAUAAAUCGUGAUUAAACGCGUC